CCCUCGGGCGCGACAUCGUGCGUCUACUUACUUGUAUUGUUACCAGCUCAAACGCCUCACGUAGCUUGAAUGGCUACGGAAAUGCGCUAGGCGGUCUGGAUGAUGAGUCGGCGUACGCGUCCUGUAGCGUUGGCCUGCGGCAGGUGGCCCCCAACGUAUGUCGUAUGCAAGUUCGUGCCAUGGUGGGGUAAUGGUGAGCUGGAUCGCGGGCGGCGUGUUGAUGCUGCAUGAUAGGCGCGACAGGAGCUGGUGAGCGAUAUAAGCUGCUGAUUCUGCAGCAGCUCCGUUUGUUCUUAGGCUGCCUUGUUUACUCCCUCAACGUAGCUUUCUGCUUCUCUUCCUCCUCAAUCUUUCCUCACACCUGUACCUCGGUCAUAGAAGGCAGGCACAGUUAUCUUCCCUAGACCCCUCCAAAGACACACCCCACAACUGCCAAUAUGGUGCACAUCAAUCGUGUAGCAACUCACAAAGAGAUCUCUGAGGAGCAGAGCCAGUUCGAAGCCAUCGACGCUACUACUACCAUCAACCUGACGCCGGAUGAUGAAGAUGACGACUACACUGCUACUGUGUACGGUUCCAAAUAUGCUGCUGAAGACCUACCGAGACACGAGAUGCCAGACCGAGAAAUGCCUCCUCACGUUGCCUAUCGCAUGAUCAAGGACGAUCUCACGCUCGAUGGCACCCCGACACUGAAUUUGGCUUCAUUCGUUACAACGUACAUGGAAGAAGAGGCCGAGAAGCUCAUGGUCGAUGCCUUCUCGAAGAACUUCAUCGAUUACGAAGAGUACCCCGUCAGCGCCGAUAUCCAAAACCGAUGUGUAUCGAUGAUCGCCAGGCUUUUCAAUGCACCGGCCGAUCCAGAGGCGAACACGAUCGGCACCUCUACGAUUGGGUCUUCUGAAGCCAUCAUGUUGGGUGUACUGGCCCAGAAGAAGCUUUGGCAAAACAAGCGCAAGAAGGAGGGCAAGCCUUACGACAAACCUAACAUGAUCAUGAACUCGGCUGUACAGGUCUGCUGGGAGAAAGCAUGCCGAUACUUCGACGUCGAAGAGCGAUACGUAUACUGCACGACCGAGCGCUAUGUAAUGGACCCCAAGGAAUGUGUUGAUCUCAUCGAUGAGAACACCAUUGGAAUCUGCGCCAUCCUGGGAACGACCUACACCGGCGAAUACGAAGACAUCAAGGCUAUCAACGACCUUCUCGUCGAAAAGGACAUCGAUGUUGAUAUUCACGUGGACGCUGCAUCUGGCGGCUUCGUCGCUCCUUUCGUAAACCCAGGUCUACUUUGGGACUUCCGCCUGCCAAAGGUCACGUCCAUCAACGUCUCUGGUCACAAGUACGGACUUGUCUACCCGGGUGUCGGCUGGGUUGUAUGGCGCGACCCCAAGUACCUUCCCCAGGAGCUCGUCUUCAACAUCAACUACCUCGGUGCUGACCAGGCGUCUUUCACACUCAACUUCUCCCGCGGCGCUUCGCAGAUUAUCGGACAGUACUACCAGCUCAUCCGUCUGGGUAAGCGCGGUUAUAGGAAGAUCAUGUUGAAUCUGACGCGUACGGCCGACUAUCUUGCCGCAAAUCUCGAGGCUCUGGGUUUCAUCAUCAUGAGUCAAAGGGGUGGCGCUGGACUUCCUCUGGUUGCUUGCCGCAUUGACGAGGAUCUGGGAAAACAAUACGAUGAGUUCGCAAUUGCUCAUCAACUCCGCGAGCGCGGAUGGGUCGUCCCCGCAUACACCAUGGCUCCUCACUCAGAGAAGAUGAAGAUGCUACGUGUGGUCGUGCGCGAGGACUUCACCAAGUCUCGUUGCGAUGCACUGCUUGCCGACUUCAAGCUUGCGCUGCAGACGCUGGAUAAGCUCGAUGCGAAGAAGAUUGAGGAACACAAGCAACAUGCUUUUGCUAUGCGUCGUCGCUCAACCAUUGUCAGCCCCAUCUAUAAGAAGAAGGCGACAGACCACUUCGACGAGGACCACAGUCUACAGGCCAAGUCUGGCAAGACACAUGCCGUCUGCUAAGCGUGAGGAAUGCGCUGGCUAUGACGUUGUCGAGCUGAAGGAGAGUAUGGGGUUUAUAUACAUAGAUACCACGGUUGAACAAAUCAAUAUCACUGUUCCGGAUAAGCCGCGCAUGUGGUGACGACCGGGAGGCAUAGAUUUAA